AUGGUGGUUGGGAAGCUGCAGUGGCUCCCGGACGGACGCGUGCUCGACAAGAGCGUGCUCGGCACAGCCGAGGCCUUCGAAGAGAUGGACGCCCAGCUGGGGUGGGUAGAUCGCCCAGGAGAGGAAGAGGAGGACUCCUUGCACCCGCUGCAGGGAACGGAUUCGUCCGUGGGCUCGUCGCCUAGCCUGAGAAGUAAGCAGAGUUUUCGGAGCCUGAGAAGCAAGCAAAGUUGUCGGAGCCUGAAGAGCAGAGACCGCCAGUCCACCGGAGAUCGGGGCUGGAACGGUCGAGGAAGCCGCCCGGGGACAUCUCCGGACGGUCAGUCGGCCCUGCAGAGAGAGAUGGAGCAUUACAUGCGCCGCAUCUCGGAGGCGGAGGACACCGCGAUAAGGAACAGGGCGGUAACCGCGCGCAAGGAAGCUAAGUUGAUGGAUCAUGUCGGCCUGACGGAGAAGUUGACUAUGCAACGCGAGGGAAACUCGAUGCGGCAGUGGAAGCGCAGGCAGCGCGAUUGGGACCGCGUGAGCCGGCACAUGGCUGCCAUAACGGGCAAGGCAAGCAGCAGCAGAUCUAUACAGUAG